AGAUUGCUGGGUUUGGCCGCAUCCGUGACUGCGACGACAGUGAGGGAGGGAGUAGAGGUGCAGCGCGGCGCCCGGCUUUCGAGCACAACGAGUCCGGUUGGAGACUCUUGGUGAACCCCGGCCGGGCGAGGCAAUUGGUCGGGUGCGCGCCGCCCCUUCCGCGGGCUGCGGCUCAUGACCGUGGACGUGACUUUUGGUCCUCUUCCAACCCCGAAAAGUAGAGGCCAAAUGGGUGCUCGCUCCCCUCUCGUCGCGUCCACGCCCGCACGCACUUGCACUUGAUCUGCCCCGUCCGCUCCCUGGUUUAUCGGUUUCGCUGGUUUCCGGUUUUUGACUACCCUGUGCUCUGCUCCCUGGAAUGCGUGAGGAUUUUGGAUUUAGAAUUCGGGUGCCGUUCGCGAGAAUCCUCGCGAUUCCUCAGAGGCGUGGAGGAAUUACCGAGAUUGGGAGCACUCGAGGGGUUUUCUCGAGGCUGAAGGAAGAAGAAAGUUGGUCGUAGCGAGGACCUGCUGCUGCUCUGCAAGAAAAAAAUUUAGCUCCAUACUUCGACCUUACUGGCAGAAAUCUUGAUCGUGAAAAAGUAAAUCCCCAGUUUGGAGAUUCUUCUGGCGUUGUUCUUAGCGAUGCACAAAACAUCUCCUUGUUGAUAAGAAAGGCGUGGCCGCACUCGCAAUCUUAGUACGCGAUAAGAAAGGCGUCGCCUUUCCCGACGGGCUUCGGCUUCCUUGGUGCGAGCUCUGAAGAAGAUGUCGUCGUCCAGGCCCACGCAGUCUUCCACCAGCUCCAGCAGAAGCCGGCACAGCGCCCGGAUAGUGGCUCAGACAACCGUGGACGCCAAGCUUGAUGCCGACUUCGAGGAGUUCGGCGAGUCCUUCGACUACUUGCAAUCGGUUUACGCGCUCCGGGCGCCCUCCGGGGACCAGAGGAGGUCGGAGAAGGUCACGGCCUACCUGCAGCACAUCCAGAAGGGGAAGUUCAUCCAGUCCUUCGGCUGCUUGUUAGCCCUCGACGAGAAGUCGUUCAAAGUCAUCGCCUACAGCGAGAACGCCCCGGAGAUGCUCACCAUGGUGAGCCAUGCGGUUCCCAGCGUGGGCGACCACCCCGUGCUCGGAAUCGGCACCGACGUCAGGUCUCUCUUCACUUCUCCUAGCACGGCGGCGCUGCAGAAGGCUCUUGGCUUCGCCGAGGUGUCUCUGCUCAAUCCCAUCCUAGUCCACUGCAAGACCUCCGGUAAGCCCUUCUAUGCGAUUGUGCACCGUGUGACUGGUUGUUUGAUCGUAGACUUCGAACCCGUGAAACCUAGUGAGGUGCCCAUGACUGCCGCUGGUGCUCUGCAGUCUUACAAACUCGCUGCCAAGGCUAUAGCUAAGCUUCAAUCCCUGCCUGGUGGCAGCAUUCAGCGGCUGUGUAAUACAGUGAUAGAUGAAGUCUUUGAGCUCACUGGCUACGACAGGGUCAUGGUUUACAAGUUCCAUGAGGAUGAUCAUGGUGAGGUGUUCGCAGAGAUCACAAAGCCAGGCCUGGAUCCUUAUCUGGGGCUACAUUAUCCGGCGACAGACAUUCCCCAGGCUGCCAGGUUCCUCUUUAUGAAAAACAAGGUUCGAAUGAUCUGUGAUUGUCGUGCCAAGUCCAUCAAGAUAUACCAAGACGACAAGCUUCCCUUUGACAUCACCUUCUGUGGAUCUACCCUCCGAGCACCACAUAGUUGUCACUUGCAGUAUAUGGAGAACAUGAAUUCGAUUGCUUCACUAGUUAUGGCUGUGGUGGUAAAUGAAGGUGACGAGGAUGAUGACACAGAGGCAGGGCAACAACCACAGCGGCAGAAGAGGAAGAGGCUUUGGGGGCUUGUUGUAUGCCACAACGAGACCCCAAGGUUUGUCCCUUUCCCCUUAAGAUAUGCAUGUGAGUUCUUAAUGCAAGUGUUUGCGAUACAUGUCAGCAAGGAGAUUGAAUUAGAGAACCAGAUACGUGAGAAGAACAUCUUGCGGACCCAGACUCUCCUGUGUGAUAUGCUUCUCAAAGAAACUUCUCCUAUAGGCAUUGUAACUCAGAGUCCCAAUAUCAUGGAUCUAGUAAAAUGUGGUGGUGCUGCACUUCUUUACCAGAACAAGGUGUGGCGACUCGGUUUAGCUCCAACUGAGCCACAGAUACGGGACAUUGCCUACUGGCUAACAGACUAUCACAUGGAUUCGACAGGCUUAAGUACUGAUAGUCUAAUGGAUGCUGGAUAUCCAGGUGCGUCAGCUCUUGGCGAUUCAGUUUGUGGAAUGGCUGCUGCCAGAAUAACGUCCAGGGAUGUCCUCUUUUGGUUCAGAUCUCAUACUGCUGAUGAAGUUAGAUGGGGAGGUGCAAAGCAUGAUCCUUCAGACAAGGAUGACGGUAGCAGAAUGCACCCAAGAUCUUCAUUCAAGGCUUUCCUUGAAGUCGUGAAGAUGAAAAGCUUGCCUUGGAAUGACUAUGAGAUGGAUGCCAUUCACUCGCUACAACUUAUACUAAGGGGAUCCCUGAAUGAAAAUGACAGUGCGAGCAAAAAGGACACAUUGGACUCCAGGAUCAAUGACCUUAAACUUGAAGGGUUGGUAGAACUGCAGGCGGUAACAAAUGAAAUGGUCCGCCUAAUAGAGACGGCGACUGUGCCAAUUUUAGCUGUGGAUGUUGAUGGCAUCAUAAAUGGAUGGAAUCUUAAAAUUGCUGAAUUGACUGGUCUAUCAGUUGACCAAGCAAUAGGGAAACAUUUGCUUAGCCUCGUGGAAGAAUGUUCAGCAGAUGCUGUCAGGGAGAUGCUUCACUUGGCAUUACAGGGAAAAGAGGAGCAAAAUGUGCAGUUUCAAAUGAAAACUUAUGGUCCUCGGAGUGAUGAUGGUCCUGUCAUAUUGAUCGUUAAUGCUUGUGCAAGUCGUGACAUCAAUGAUCAUGUAGUUGGUGUUUGUUUUGUGGCUCAAGAUAUGACUGGUCAUAAGAUGGUGUUGGACAAAUUUACCCGGAUUGAAGGAGACUAUAAAGCCAUUGUCCAUAACCCCAGUCCGCUUAUACCUCCAAUAUUUGGUGCAGAUGAAUUUGGAUGGUGUUCGGAGUGGAAUGCAGCUAUGACUAAGUUAUCUGGGUGGCAGAGAGAUGAGGUGAUAGACAAGAUGCUUUUGGGGGAGGUUUUCGGGAGUCAUGUAGCCUGCUGCCGCAUGAAGAACCAAGACACAUAUGUAAUUCUCAGCAUCUUAGUUAACAAUGCAAUGACAGGGCAAGAAACUGAGAAGGCUCCUUUUAGUUUUAUCAAUCGGAAUGGUAAACUUGUGGAGUGCCUAUUGUCAGUAAGCAAGAAAGUGGGCGAGGAUGGUAUGGUCACAGGAGUCUUUUGCUUUCUUCAUACUGCUAGUCAUGAGCUGCAACAUGUGCUCCAGGUGAAGCAAAUCUCUGAGCAGAGUGUGAUGAAGAGGUUGAAGGCUUUGGGUUAUAUAAGACAUGAAAUUAGGAAUCCCCUUUCAGGUAUAAUGCAUUCAAGAAAGAUGCUGGAAGGAACUGACUUGUGUGAUGAACAGAGACAGCUCCUUAAUACUGGGGCAAAAUGUCAUCGCCAGUUAAAUAGGAUUCUUGAUGACUUGGAUUUAGAGAACAUUAUGGACAGCUGGUUAGAUCUGGAAAUGGUCGAGUUUGUGCUGCAUGAUUUGGUGGUUACUGCAGUAAGUCAAGUCAUGCUUGCCAGCCAGUCAAAGGGAGUCAGAAUAGUCUAUGAUCUGUCUGAUGGGUUCAUGAAUGAAGGUGUUUUUGGUGACAGUCUUAGGCUUCAACAGAUCCUUGCUGGUUUCUUGCUUGUGUCUGUGAAAUCCUCUCCUUCUGGAGGUCUGGUUGAAAUUGCUGCUAGCCUUAUCAAGGAUCAACUGGGAAAAUCUCUCCAUGUUUUACACCUUGAACUGAGGAUCACACAUACCGGAAGCGGAGUGCCAGAUGAUCUUCUUUCUGAAAUGUUUGGAACCAGCGAGGAUCCGUCCGAGGAGGGCCUCGGCCUUCUUGUGUGCAGGAAAUUGCUCAGGCUCAUGAACGGCGAUGUGCGUUAUCUCAGGGAAGCUGGCAAGUCAGGAUUCAUAGUCUCCGUGGAGCUUGCUUCUGCCCCGAAGUCGAGGGGCACAAGGACUUUGGUUUGAUGAUCCCAAGAAUAGGCUCAUAGUGUUUGUGUCCGAUGUCAGUCCACCACCAAGUGAGCUAAUGAACUUCUGCUUCAGUUAGGUUUUGCCGAUAUCCAUGGUACUAAUGCGAGCCCGUCCGGUUGAUGUUUCUGUAUGCAAUAAUGAAAUGACUUUGAGAAGUUUAUUUGUAUGGGUGAAUCUGAUCUUAAAAUGAA